CUCGCGUGUCACAAGCAGCCCGCACGGUGUGUCACAGACAUAUACUGUUCAUGAGUGUUUAUCUGUAAUAGUAAGAUGCAUGUAACCGACAUACAAUUGUCUCUUCUUUUGGACAUUAUAUAAAUUAGUCUCCUUUCCCCUGUGUCAUUGUGCUGAAUUUGAAAUCGUUUUCACGUGUGUUAAUAUAGGCUAUUCAAUAGUUGACUUUGAUCCGAGAAAGACUAAUAAUAGCAAACAUAGCAUGAAUUGGGAGAGUUGAACGAAACGCAAGAAGAUUUGGUGAAACCUAAGCUUUUUUGUUGGCUAUACAAAUGAAUGUAUUCAACUUCAUGUAUGCUGUCUGUAUACUAUAUCUUUUCGCCAUAGAGCGACGGGUCUGUUGCUGAACACGCCCUUUUUAUUGCUGUAGGCAUUUGAAAUCUGUUGCAUUGAAGAGGUUAGGCGCGCCGCCCAGUGGUACGUUUUGGAAAUAGCCAUGCAUACAUUUAUUUAUGCUGCAUACUCAAAACAAUUAUUUUUCAAACAGAAUGCAAGGCAGAAUAUCUUGCAACUUUGCACCUAUAUUUAGCUGCUUUGUUAUUGUGCUGUGACAUGGGAUUACUGGAGAUGGAACAAUAUGUAGCUAGAAUCCAACCUGUGAGCUUGUGUGAAUAGCGAGGGGUUCAUGCAGAAUAAUGUCAUCUUCACAGAAAAUAUUCAGCCCCCUGUCCCCAAAACACUUGAGCCUAAUUUUAAAAUGCAGGAUUUAUCUUAGCAAUGGCGAUGGACUUAGAACCGAAGACAGAUUUCGUGACGUCCGUCUGUCCAUGGUUAAAUCAAUUGACUAGAACCCGUUCAUACAAACUACAUAUACAUUUCCAUGGUGCCAAGCACCGCCUUGCUUUUCAGACGGUAGGGAUUUUGUUCAUGAUUGGCAUCUAGCCCUUUAAUACACGGAUUGGUGCCUGCGAUUGAUGUGGUAAAGAGCCAAUCAUUUUGCCAACGAAGCUAGACCGUUUUCUUGAAAUAGCCAAUCAAAUAAGUGAUCCGGAAGGAGCCACAACAAACUACAUGAACCAAGUGCUUCUGACCAGCAAUACACCUAAUUUCAGCACCACUUCGCUGUCCACUAACAGAUUCAACGAUAAAGAUGUCCCAGGUGAAACAGGUUGGUUUGCUGGCAGCCGGCUGCCAGCCCUGGAAUAAAGAUGUGUGUGCUGCCAGCGGCGACAGAUUUGCAUACUGUGCAACACUUGCCAUUUACAUUUACCAGCUGGAUCACAGAUAUAAUGAAUUCAAACUCCGAGCCAUCAUGUCCGAGCACAAGAAAACCAUCACAGCCAUCUCCUGGUGCCCACACAAUCCGGAGGUGUUUGCCAGCGCCAGUGCAGAUAACCUUCUCAUUAUCUGGAACGUAGCCGAACAGAAGGCUGUGGCCAGGCUAGAUAACACCAAAGGUAUCCCUGCAUCUUUGAGCUGGUGCUGGAAUACGAGUGACAGCAUGGCGUUCGUGUCUCACCGGGGCCCCUUGUACAUCUGGGCAGUCUCGGGGCCCGACUCAGGGGUCACCGUCCACAAGGACGCCCACAGCUUCCUCUCCGACAUCUGCCUCUUCCGCUGGCACCCUGUCAAGAAGGGCAAGGUGGUGUUUGGACACACAGACGGAAGCCUGUCCGUAUUUCAGCCAGGCUCCAAGAACCAGAAGCACGUCCUGCGGCCAGAGUCCCUCGAGGGCACGGACGAGGAGGAUCCCGUCACGGCCCUGGAGUGGGACCCUCUCUCCACAGACUACCUGCUGGUGGCCAACCUGCACAACGGCAUCCGUCUGGUGGACUCCGAGUCCCUGUCCUGCAUCACCACCUUCAGCUUCCCCAGCGCGGCUGCCUCUGUGCAGUGUCUGGCCUGGGUGCCCAGCGCCCCCGGCAUGUUCAUCACUGGAGACUCCCAAGUUGGUGUCUUGAGGAUAUGGAAUGUCUCACGGACAACACCUCUAGAUAAUUUCAAGUUAAAGAAGACUGGAUUCCAUGCACUACAUGUGCUCAAUUCCCCACCAGCGAAGAAAUCUUCUAGCAGCACGAUAUCCCCAACAAAGAACCACUAUACGUCCUCCAACAGUGAGGCGGUGCCUCCCCCAACACUGUCCCAGAACCAGGCCUUCUCACUGCCCCCCGGCCACGCUGUCUGCUGCUUCAUGGAUGGGGGAGUGGGGCUCUACGACAUGGGGGCCAAGAAGUGGGAUUUCUUGAGGGAUCUGGGUCAUGUGGAAACCAUAUUUGACUGCAAGUUCAAGCCAGAUGACCCAAACCUUUUAGCGACAGCGUCAUUCGACGGGACAAUCAAAGUGUGGGACAUCAACACUCUCACUGCUGUUUACACAUCGCCAGGCAACGAGGGCGUGGUCUACUCCUUGUCCUGGGCACCUGGAGAUCUUAACUGCAUUGCUGGAGCAACAUCCAGAAAUGGAGCCUUUAUCUGGGAUGUGAAAAAAGGCAAAAUGAUUACAAGAUUUAACGAGCAUGGGAAGAAUGGCAUAUUUUGUAUUGCUUGGAGCCACAAGGACUCAAAAAGAAUAGCUACUUGUAGUGCUGAUGGUUUUUGUAUAAUACGCACUAUUGAUGGAAAAGUGUUGCACAAGUAUAAACAUCCUGCUGCAGUGUUUGGCUGUGACUGGAGUCAGAAUAACAAAGAUAUGAUAGCCACAGGUUGUGAAGAUAAGAGCGUGCGCGUGUAUUAUCUGGCCACCAGCUCCGACCAGCCCCUCAAAGUGUUUACAGGGCACACGGCCAAGGUGUUCCACGUGCGCUGGUCCCCACUGAGGGAGGGCAUCCUCUGCAGCGGCUCAGAUGACGGGACGGUCCGUAUUUGGGACUACACGCAGGACGCCUGCAUCAACGUGCUGAGUGGGCACACGGCGCCCGUGCGGGGCCUCAUGUGGAACACGGAGGUGCCCUACCUGCUCACCUCCGGCAGCUGGGACUACUCCAUCCGUGUGUGGGACACCAGAGAUGGGACCUGCCUGGACACCGUCUAUGACCACGGGGCUGACGUCUACGGCCUUACCUGCCACCCGAAUCGGCCCUUCACCAUGGCCUCCUGCUCCCGAGACUCCACAGUCAGACUGUGGUCUCUAAUGCCCCUCAUUGCUCCCCUCCUGGUAAACAUUCUUACUGACCACAGCUGGGAUGACAUCAUUGGGAACACAGAUCGUGCCAUGGUGCCUGGGGCGGCUCCGCUCCUGUGUGGAAAAGUGUCUAGGGACAUCAAACAGGAACUGGACAAACUCAAUGGUGACCUGCACACAAAGAAACUGACGCGGUUUUCUGAAUGUUUUUCUCCUCCCGGCGGCAGCCAUAACCUGUGGAACUUGGUGGCUGUGAUCAAUGGGCAGGAUGACAGCUUACUGCCCCAAAGCUACGGCCAGGGCAUCAUGCACAUGAAGCACCUGAUCCGCUUCAAAACCUCAGAGGCCCAAGAGCUGACGAUUGUGAAGAUGAGCAAGUUUGGAGGGGGCAUUGGUGCCCCUAGCAAAGAGGAGAGGCUGAAGGAUGCUGCUGAGAUCCACCUGAGGCUGGGUCAGAUUCAGAGAUACUGUGAACUCAUGGUGGAGCUGGGAGAGUGGGAGAAGGCGUUAUCAGUAGCCCCUGGUGUGUCGAUGAAAUACUGGAAGAAGCUCAUGCAGAGGAGAGCAGACCAACUGAUGCAAGAAGGUAAUGAUGAUGUCAUCCCCUACUGUGUUGCCACGGGCGACGUGAAGAAGCUGGUGAAUUUCUUCAUGUGCAAAGGCCAGCUGAAAGAGGCUUUAGUAGUAGCACAGGGUGCCUGUGAGGGGAAUAUCCAUGUGCCUCAGGCCUUGUCAGUAAACAACAACGCAAGCACAGACAAUGGCGACAUACUAGAAGCGUAUAAUGGGCUUCUGCACUGUGUGUGUAAAGAGUUGGCAGAGUGGUAUUUCCAGGAUGGACGCGCAGUGUUGGCAGCCUGCUGUCACCUGGCAGUGGACAACACAGAGUUGGCAAUGGCUUCGCUGAUCCGAGGUAAUGAACUGGAGCUGGCUGUGUAUGUUGGGACUGUGCUGGGAGAGGUGGCAGCUCAGGCCACCCAUUACGUGCUGGAGCUCUUGGCCAGGAAGUACAUGACCAUGGCGACCUGCUUUCCAUCUGUGGCAAACAGGGACCUGGCAUGUCAGCUUCUCCAGAUGAUCCCAGACAAUGAGAUCCUGCUCGCCAAGCUGUGUGCCUUCUUCCCAGGCAGCAGGGCUGAGAUUGACGAGCUCCACGAGAGGUGCGGUCUGCCCACUCUGGAGGAGUGCAAGGACUUGGCAGAAUCUGCUGAGAGUGAUGGGGACGUCUUCAAUGCCGUUAAGUAUCAUUUGUUGAGCCCAGAGCCAGAGAAGGCCUUACCCAUUGGAAUUGCCUUUGUGAAAGAACAGUUGACUGGUUCGAGUUGGACCGUGGACUCCCUCUAUCCUGUCCUUGACCUGCUGGGCUACAUCCGGACAGACCGACUUGUCCUCCCCAAGUGUAGUGAAAAUCGCAAUGAGCUGCUCAUCCUCAGUGGCUACAUUGGUGCACUACUGGCCAUCUCAAGACAAUACGUCAGCAUUGUGUCUGCACUUUAUGAGUAUACAAGUCAGUUGCUGAAGAGGAGAGAAGUGGCUGUUCCUUUACAGAUAGAACAGCUCUCGGUGGAACUAGAGGCUUGGAGGGCCUGCACGCAAAGUGUAGUCAAAGGACCUGAGGAAGCACCCUACAGUCCUCCGUCCGAGGCCCAGAGAGAAGAGUACGCUCAGCUGCUCAGCAGGAUCACGGAGCAGCCCCACCUGGGCCUGCAGGGCCCUGACUAUGUGACCGGCUCCAACCUGCCCAGUCACUCCGACGUCCAGAUCUCCUGCUUCACUGGAGUCAGGAUACAGGGUCCAGUGUUCUUCCUGGAGGACGGGAAGUCUGCCAUCUCUCUGAAUGAUGCACUGAUGUGGGCCAAGGUCAACCCCUUCUCCCCACUGGGGACCGGCGUGCGCCUGAACCCCUUCUGAUCCAGGACAGAGGCCAGGAGUCGGGUUGGCAUGGCAACAUGCAAACAUAGACGUAUAGAAGCUGCGAUUCAUGACAGAGGGGUUGUUGCCAGUCGGGAUGUAAGGAUGGUUUGGCAAUGGACAGCAGGGGUUAUGGAAUGACAUAAAUGUUCUUACAGUGUUAAAAAAAAUGUUAAUGUGCAGAAGAUCUUUUUCUAGUAAUUACCUUAUUAAAGGUUAAAUCGUGACAAUUUUCAAUAGUUAACACGUUCCUAUUUUUGCUGCAAUAGUCUUCAGUCAUUUCAUUUGACUCUUGUGUCCAGAGCUGAUGGAGAAACAGGAGCCAGAACACAGAGCAGGCGCAUGGCAAAGUGUCUGCUUAGGCAUGAAUGUACAUGUUUGGUUAGUUGUCAAGGAGCGUAUUGCACUGCACUGCUUUGGGUUCUCGUUCGCUCAGUGUGGAAUGAAUUGAAGUGAAUAUUCAAUUCAAUUUUGAAUGAGACGGUGUAAGUACUGACCACAACUGCAUUAAAAAAGCUUGGCAUGGGUGUCUUGUCAUGCGUAUAACUGGCAAUGUACUUUUAUAGAACACAUUUAGGCAGCCGAGAUAGGAUGUCUCAAAUAUGGUGUACCACAGCUAUUGUUUUCUUGUGCUGCAUUGCCAUUUCAGGGAUGACUACCAAUAGAGACAAGCACAGAUUUGGUUGAGGAGGAGGAAUCUUUUUUUUGUUUUGCUGCAGGGAAUGAUCAUCUUCUUCGGACUCUAUCAUAGAAAGUUAUCAUGGCCAGUCAUUUGUGGGCUGCAUUUCCCUGGAGCUUUUGGUUUGUCUCUGUGAUGUACCUUUGUUCAAACUGACUGUACUUGCUGUGUCUUCAUUCAAACUCCCUUACUGGAACAGCUAUCUUAGUUUAGGCAAUAUGACAACCACUGUUUAAAUAGAGGGACUAAUGUUUUUGUGUUAUGUCCCUUUGAGUGAAAUACCUGGACCUGUGCCUUAAGAUGGGGAACAAGAAAUGUAUCAUUGCUAUUUAUAUGGUGUGGUCAGAACAUAAACAAAAUAGACUUUUAGGCAAACUGUAUAUAGAUAUAUUUGCUAUUCGCCAUAGCUUUACAAUGAAGAUUAAAGGAAGCAGACAUGACACUUAUGUUUUACACAUGAUUUCAGAACUCUGAAAUGACAUAUGCAUAUUGGUUUGAGACCAAUGUAUAUUUGUUAUUUGAAGAGUUAAAUUAUUUUCAUACAUUUGCACUGUGAUAUGUAUUUAUUUGUAUAUUUUUCACCCUUUGUUUCCUCUGCAUCGAGAUGUACAGAGUGUAAAUGUCAUUAAAUUUCACAAUGCA